AAGGAUCGGAGGCUUUGGGUCCAAAAUGCAUCCAAAAUUUUGAAGAGGACUAGUUACCAAGGAGUGAUUGUAUGUGCUGCGGAGUCUAAUUCGGAGGCAAAUUUGAAAUUCUCAGAGAAGGAGGAAGUGGAAAUGUGUGGAGAUGAAGUGGAACCUUUUCGCGGUAAAUCAGGUUCUGUAUCAUUUCAGGGUUGUACUCACCAGUUGAUUGAAGAAGGUAAAUGGGUGUCAUCUCCUUCCAAGGAAGGAACUGGCUCACUUCUCUGGGUGUUGGCUCCGGUUGCAUUGAUUUCGUCAAUUGUGCUUCCACAGUUACUCCUCAGCACUGUUAUUGAUGUCUUCAUUAAAGAUGAGAUUCUCUUAGAAAUCGCGGCUUCAUUCUGUUCUGAGGUCAGUUUCUAUAUUGGUCUAGCAAUCUUUCUAUUUGUAGCGGACCAUGUUCAGAAGCCAUAUAUCCAAUUCAGCCCGAAGAGGUGGGGCCUCAUCACAGGUCUCAGAGGUUACAUGACUUCUGCCUUCCUCGCCAUGGGCUUGAAGGUCGUGGUGCCCCUCUUGGCUGUCUAUAUUACUUGGCCCGCACUUGGCUUGCCAGCUUUGGUUGCAGUAGCACCUUUUCUUGCUGGGUGUCUGGCCCAACUUGUGUUUGAGGCCCAUCUCAACAGACGGGGAUCAUCUUGUUGGCCUCUAGUCCCCAUAAUCUUUGAGGUCUACAGAAUAUAUCAGUUGACAAAAGCUGCUCAUUUCAUUGAGAGGUUGAUGUUUGCGAUGAAGGAUGUCAAAGCAACCCCAGGCGUGGUGGAAAGAGGCGGUGCCAUGGUUGCUAUGGUAGCAACUUUCCAAAUCCUGGGUUUCGUUUGCCUCUGGUCGCUGUUAACAUUUCUUCUUAGGUUAUUUUCUUUUGUUUUUAUCAUCAAUGGUUAUUUGAUUGUUUGUGUCAUAUCAUGCUUUUAAUCCACUGUCAAAACAGGAAUUUUGGUAUAUUUAUGACUUAAGAAUGUAUAUGUAAAACGAUGGGAUCUGGAUUAGUUUUGAUAAUGACUAAAGGAUAUGGCUGGUAUGUUGGCCUUAAUAACAAAUAUAGGAUAAUCUUUAGAAUGACACAAAAUUUUCAUU